GGUAGGUUUAAAGGCAGCAACAAACAUUCCAUGGCCUAAUCUAGCACUUGCAACAGACUGGAAGUUCACGCAAGUUCUUUACUGGCUCUUAGAAAAGGCCUCUGGAAAUAAAUAGCAAUUUCAGCUUAGUGGGCAAACUGAAAGACAUAGAAGCACCACUGGAGAGACCCAUUCCUCUGAAAACAAAGACCAAGAAGACUAUUUCCUUGUAAAGGAGAAUCUAGGGAGAGACAAAGCAACAAUGGCAUUUGUGAAGAGCGGAUGGCUGCUCCGGCAAAGUACUAUUCUACGGCGCUGGAAGAAGAACUGGUUUGACCUGUGGUCUGAUGGCCGCUUAAUAUUCUAUGAUGAUCAAAACCGCCACGAUUUAGAAGAUAAAAUCCACAUGCGAAUCCACUGCAUCAACCUCAGAGUGGGGAACGAAUGUCGAGAUUUCCAGCCUCCAGAGGGGAAGCAAAGAGACUGUUUACUGCAGAUUGUUUGCCGUGAUGGGAAGACAGUCAACCUCUGUGCAGAGAGUGCAGAUGACUGCCUGGCAUGGAAGAUUGCUCUCCAGGAUGCCAGAACAAAUACAGGCUACGUGGGAUCUGACGUGAUGUAUGAUGAGACAGCCAUUUCCUCAGCCCCUCCACCCUAUACAGCUUAUGCCACACCAUCACCUGAGGUUUAUGGCUAUGGCUACGAUCAGUACAAUGGUCCAUAUCCCCCUGCUGGUCCUCAAGUCUUCUAUGCUUCCAAUGGACAAGCUUAUGCUGUUCCCUAUCAGUAUCCAUACCAAGGACCUUAUGGCCAACCCCCUGCAAACCAUGUCAUCAUUCGAGAGCGCUACCGUGACAGCGAUGGAGACCUUGCCCUGGGCAUGCUUGCUGGAGCAGCAACUGGAAUGGCUUUGGGAUCAUUAUUCUGGGUCUUCUAGAUUACCCGUUCCUUAUCUUUGUAGUUCCAAAAACCUUUAUUGUGUGCAAUAAUAUAUUGGCAAUGUUGUUUACUGUUAAACUCUAAGAAAUGCAAUAGUUACUUUUCAGUAGUGACAUCUUUAUAACUGAUUCUUAACUGCCCUAAGGAGAAUUUAAAGGCACCGUGAAGUGGUUGGAAAUGGCAUGUGCUGCUCUUGAAGUCUGUUCUGAUGUUUGGAGUUCUAAGGAUCGCUACGAGCACCAAUGUAACAAGACAGCAGUCACUAGCUUUAUGAACAGACCAUUAUUGUAAACACCACAGAAAGAAUCUUUUGGGGGGGGCUCUAAAAUUGGGUCUAAAUAGGGGGUUUACAGGAGCCCUGUAAACCCUGCAUUAAUAUAUAUGUGCCACUGGCUUCUAAACAUUCCCUGGGCAAACCUGUAGCUCAGCAGAAAUUCCUUGGCAUUAGAUAGUCUGCCAUGCUUGAGGACUUUUUUGUUUUCAAACUUGCCUGGAGAUGUUAGUGUAUUUUCUUGGAUGGAGUCCUGUAUCUAUCUGUCUGUCAGACCAUCCAGGUGAACUUGUCUUUGAGAACAUAUAACCAAACUGCAAAGAGAGGUGGCAGCACUCCUCAGUUCUUUUGUCCUCCCAGAAAUGUGAAUGACAGUGGCAGUGAAGACCAAUGUUUGUUGUUCCAUCUUCCUCUUUCUGAAUGACUCUGGUCAGAUGGAAGUAAUGGAUCUUUAGCUUUCCAAGUGGUCUUCCUUGUCCGUAGAACAGUCACCUCGGACACUGUACGAACUGCAUUGCUGAGGAAGAGGCCAUUGCCUAGCAUCUCUGAUCAGUACUGGUAUUGCUCUGGAGAGUCUGCAGGAGGAGAACUAACUUGAAUGGUCCUUGCCCUGUUGGACCUACCAGAAGCCCUCUGCAGGCAGUAAUAGUCAAGAAGGGGAGACAAAGAGCACAAGUAGACCUUGCACACAGACACUUUGGUGUCAGCUGCCUUGCUAUGGCUAGGAGAGAAUGUCUACCACUUAGCCUCCAAGGUUUCCUAAACUAGUUUAGAGCACAGCUGAGCCUGGGUUUGUUCUGUGCACACUCCCUCCUCACAAUCAGCAGGUUUCUUCCCUUCAUGACUUGUUAAGGAAAACACUCCAAGGAACCUGUCUGUCUCUGCUUGUAUCUCUGGUUCCUUACAGAAUGUGCUCCUGCAGGUUGCUGUGCUAUGGACUGUAACCUGGAGUGCAACCAUUCCGUGUGUUAUGCCUCCAAUUACCUUAUCCUGUUAUAAUCCAUGCUGAGCCAUGCUUGGCAGGGGAAAGAAAGGUCCGAAGAAAUGCACGUGCUUUCUUAUUCAGGUAAAAGAGGCAGGGUGCCUAAGUUGAGUUCUUUAUAGUAAGAGGACUUAUUUUUGUACUUCCACUUUCAGCUUCCUGUAUUUCAUGCUGGUUUAUUAUGUUAAGUCUUUCUUAUGCUUUCAUUCAGAAGUAGGUUAAUUUCCUUAAGGUUCAUGGGGUGUCAGGUAUGUCGGGGAAGAUGAAAAUAGAUGAGAAAUCACACCUAUAUACAUUUAGAUCAAGCCCCAACCUUUUUCAUGUAAUCCUAAAGCUGUCUUGGCUCUAUCCUACAGAUUUAAGCAGUACAGGUCUGGACAAGUUUGGGUAGCAGCCAGGGGAAGCACUAAAUUUUCCAUGACUCUUAGGACCACUCAACAAACUGAAUUCAUCAGAAGUAAACAGCUGUAACCUUGGCUGCAUUACUAAGAGUGGGCCUAUUGCAGGGAAUGUAAACUUAUUUCAAUAAACACUGGCUUGGAGCCGUACACCAGUGUGUAUGCAUGUCCUUUCAGGGAUCAAUACAAGCUGUGUAUAUUCUGCCAGUGCUAUGUACUGAAAGGACCUGGAGGUUCAAAAGAGGACUGAAGCAAAAGUUUCCUCUUGCUAGUCGAAACCAAAAGAAAUGGGAGUACAGUACUUUUCUGUUCUUUUAGAAGCCUGGUACCCUUGAGGUCAGGAAGAGAUGUUGACUUUCUGGAACUUAAGUGAAAUAUUUCUACCCUUUUUAAGCCUUGAGAUAACCCUGAAGCUGAUCACAAGUCUACACUGCUCUUUAGUUUACACUUUGCAAUAUAACUAGUUCUGCAGAAUGCCUCCAUCUCCUCUUCUCCCUGUGUGAUAAUUAGCUUGUAAGAGGUGGGGAAGAAUAAAACAAUUUAACAUCAUUGUGAUUUCUUUUAAAUUUCAUAAUUGUGAAAUAAUAGCACAAAGUGAAUCAGCUAGUAAUUUAAGUUCAAGAAUUUUAGUGUGUGUGUGGGUUUUUUGGUUUUUUACUUUUUGCAAGAGCUGUUGAACACAGCAGGGGAACAUGUUUCUUGUAUUUUCAGGAGCUAACUGUAUCUAGGUCCUUAGUUUCUUCAAGUGAAGUAUACAAGAUAAAAACUGCUGAUUGCAAAACAUUGCUAGGUUGAAUUAAAUGCAAGAAAUCAUAUUUUUAGACGUUCACAUUUAAGUUAAGUCUUCAUUUAAAAAGUAACCUUACCCCUUCUCAAGGGAAAAAAAAAAUAAUAAAUGAAGCUGAAGAUUCUAGUUCUCUCUUGGUAACAGUAUGCUGCUUUUAAAAAGAAACAUGAGCUACUUUUCUCUCCUGGUAGCAUAGGCAUUUAGAAGUUAGAAAGAAAAUGUAUAAAACUGUACUAGAGCAUAAAAUCAAGAGAGAAGUUAUCUUCUUGCAGGUGCUUGUAGCCUUUCUGAUCUCACUGCAGAAACAGAAGUGGAAAUGUCUUGGUGCACAAAGCAGCAGCAUGGGGAUAGCCAUUUGAAUUCACUGGUUGCUAAAGCUCCUAGACUUGUUUCCUGAAGACAUGACUGUACCUCCUGUUACUCAGGAGCAGAGUGGAGGCUUGGUCACAUGUAUAGUAAUGUCAGGCUGGAUACACAGUCAAGACUCAAUAGCCUUUCUCUGACCAGUGCAGUACUUCUGCAGUUUGUGUAGGUGCAUGUUGGUGUGAGCUGAAGGAGCAGGGCCAGAGUGGAUUUCAGGGCUUGGAGGGACUGCCAUGCCAGCACCUGCAGAGAGGUGAUACCACAGUGAUGGGAAGAGGCAGUGGGUGCAGCUGCAUCAUUUUCAAAACAGAUUCAAAUAAUAGUCCUAAAGAGGGGUUUGUUUCUCAGCAGUGCUAUUUGUGAUGCAGGGAUUCCAGUUAUACCUGAAGAGCACCCAAGCACAUGCUUUCCUACUGGGGCCCAAUACAUGACCUCUCUAAUGCUAUGGGAGGUCCACAGCCACUACAGUGUCAAUGUUUUUGCAGUGUACGUUAUUAUCAGUUAUUGUAUAUUCAUUCAGAAUUAAAUGGCAGUGCUUACAGAUAUGCUCAUCUGUGACCAGUUACUUUCAGAAUCUCAGGGACAGCUGGACAGAGCCAGGCAUCCAGAGAGCGGGGUGGAAAAGCUCAGCCUUCUGGUAAAUCCCACAUUAAAAAAGAGGUGAACCAUAGCCCCCUCCCAAAUUCUUAGUUACAGGUAAAAACACAGCUGUUGGCUUCUUUUGCUUGGAAUGUGGGGGCUAGGGAGCCUGCCUCUUCUAGUGAGUAGGUAAAGGGUUAUCAACUAGAGGAGAGGAGGUGGGAAGUACUUCUGUAUAAAGCAACAGCUGACUUCUGGCAAAGACACAUCUUUUCUAAUGCUGAAGCAUGUUCUGAGCUGUGUCUAGAUGGAGCUAAAAUGUCACACAAAACUGGCUUCAUUUUGUUUGCUCUCCAGUGAAGAUUCAGUACGUGAUAGAACCAGCUAAGUAAGCCGAGUAAAGCAGAAAUCUGUAAUUCCUCAAAUGCGUGUAUGGCUUUUCCUCCUCAUGAUAUGACUAAGAUGUAUAUGUGUAAAUCAUGGAGGGGUAGGAUGCAGCAAAUGUCUUCCCACCCCAAUCCUUCAUGGUUUUGUGCAUGCUCUGUCUUAACUGCUGUUUUAUUAUGUCCUCAUUCUCAUUAUUGAUUUAUAGCAAAAUACUGUUAGCAAUAAAAUUCAAAUUUAUGUUUA